AUGAGUGGUCGGGCUCGAGUGAGGGCACGAGGCAUGGGCCCCCGCCAUGGUGCCAGGGAAGUGGGGAGCACCCCAGGAAAUCUCAUGGCCGCGUCCUCCAGUCCCAGGGACAGCCAGGCGUCCAGCAGUGGGGCAAGUGACAUUUCCCAGUCAGAUGAGGUCACUGUCUCUUCUGAUGACAGUGGACGUUCCUUCAUGGAAAGAGGCCAAGGCAGACGAGACUUUGUAGAUUUGAGUGUCUGUACCAGGGAGAAGCUGGCACACGUGAAAGAUUGUAAAACAGGUUCUAGCGGAAUACCUCUGCGGCUGGUUACGAAUCUCUUUAGUUUAGAUUUUCCCCAGGAUUGGCAACUGUACCAGUACCAUGUCACGUAUAGCCCAGACUUAGCCUCUUGGAGGCUGAAGAUGGCUUUGCUUUAUAGUCACAGCAAACUCUUGGACAAGACAAAAGCAUUUGAUGGCACCAGCCUUUUUCUCUCAGAAAAGCUGGACCAAAAGGUCACAGAACUGACAAGUGACACGCAAAGAGGCGAGACUGUGAGGAUCACGCUCACCUUCACCAGCCAGCUGCCCUCCACCUCUCCAGUGUGCAUUCACUUCUUCAAUGUCAUCUUCAAAAAGCUCUUUAAAAAGUUGAAAAUGUACCAGAUUGGACGGAACUUCUAUAAGCCUUCAGAACCAGUGGAGAUCCCCCAGUACAAAUUGUCCCUGUGGCCUGGCUUUGCCGUUUCUGUGUCCCACUUUGAAAGCAGACUCCUGUUAAAUGCUGAUGUGAGCUACAAAGUCCUGCGAAAUGAGACUGUUCUGGAAUUCAUGACUGAUCUCUGCCUCAGAGCCGGCACGUCCCACUUCACCGAGAUGUGCCAGAAACAGCUGGUGGGGCUCACUGUCCUCACCCGAUACAACAACAAAACAUACCGUAUUGACGACAUCGACUGGUCUGUGAAGCCCACACAAGCCUUUCAGAAGAGGGACGGCUCUGAGAUCACGUACGUGGAUUACUACAAGCAGCAAUACAAUAUCACUUUAUCUGACCUAAAUCAGCCAGUGCUUGUUAGUCUGCUGAAAAGAAAGAGGAAUGAUAACGCGGAGCCUCGGAUGGUCCACCUGAUCCCGGAGCUCUGCUUUCUCACAGGCAUGUCUAGCCAGGCAACCUCCGAUUUCCACCUGAUGAGGGCAGUGGCUGAAGAAACUCGGCUCAGUCCUAUGGCGCGGCAGCAGCAACUGGCCCGGCUUGUGGAUAACAUCCAGAGGAACCAAAUGGCUCGCUUUGAGCUUGAGAGCUGGGGGCUGCAGUUUGGAAGCCAGCUCUCCCUGACUGGCCGAGUCGUUCCCUCUGAGAAAAUACUGCUGCAGGACCACACAUGUCACCCCGCGUCUGCUGCUGAUUGGUCCAAGGAUAUGCGCUCCUGCAGAGUUUUGAGUUCUGAGCCUUUGAACAGAUGGAUGGUCAUAUGCUGCAGCAGGGCUGAGAACCUGAUCGAAGGCCUCCUGAGCUGCUUGAGGAGAGUUGGCGGGCCCAUGGGAUUUAACGUGAGCUACCCCAAAAUCAUAAAAGUAGACGAAAGACCGGCAGCAUUCCUCCGAGCCAUCCAGCUCCACGUAGACCCUGAUGUUCAGCUGGUGAUGUGCAUUCUGCCUUCUAAUCAGAAGAACUACUAUGACUCCAUUAAAAAAUACCUGAGCUCUGACUGCCCGACCCCAAGCCAGUGUGUGCUGUCCCGGACGCUGACUAAGCAAGGAAUGAUGAUGAGUGUGGCCACCAAGAUUGCCAUGCAGAUGACCUGCAAGCUUGGCGGCGAGCUGUGGGCCGUGGAGAUUCCGUUGAAGUCCCUGAUGGUGGUGGGUGUUGAUAUCUGCAGGGAUGCCCUCAACAAGGAUGUGGCAGUUGUCGGGUUUGUAGCCAGCAUUAACUCCAGGAUCACCAGGUGGUUUUCCCGAUGUGUUCUCCAGAGAAGGGCAGCCGACAUUGCAGAUUGCCUAAAAGUCUGCAUGACUGGAGCUCUCAACAAGUGGUACAAGCACAACCAUGAUUUGCCUUCGCGGAUAAUCGUGUACCGAGAUGGUGUAGGGAAUGGGCAGCUGAAGGCAGUGCUGGAAUAUGAAAUCCCGCAGCUACUGAGCAGCAUGGCUGAGUGUGGCUCAGGUGCCAGGUAUUGUGUUCCCCCUCUCUCUCUGACCCUCAUCACAUGUAUGGCCACGAUCCAGGUACUCUGUUCCCUCUCUCUCUCUGACCCUCACCACAUGUAUGGCCACGAUCCAGGCAAUGAAGUUUUGCUCAGGAGCAGCAGCAGCAGCAGCAGCAGCAGCAGCAGCAGCAGCAGCAGCAGCACUGGCAGCAGCAGCAGCGGUGGCAGCAGACUCUCAGUGGUUGUGGUCAGGAAGAGAUGCCUGCUGCGGUUCUUCUCCGAGACAGACCGCACCGUGAAGAACCCCCCGCUCGGCACUGUUGUGGACUCGGAAGCAACACGCACUGAGUGGUAUGACUUCUACUUGGUCAGCCAGACUACUAACCGGGGGACUGUUAACCCCACUUACUAUAACGUUAUCUAUGACGACAAUGGCUUGAAGCCCGACCACAUGCAGAGACUGACCUUCAAACUGUGCCAUCUCUACUACAACUGGCAGGGCAUAAUCAGCGUCCCUGCACCCUGCCAGUAUGCACACAAGCUGACCUUCCUGGUGGCACAAAGCAUUCAUAAAGAGCCAAGUUUGGAAUUAACCAAUAAUCUCUUCUACCUGUAAGCACUGGGCCAAUAACAGGGUUUGAUGGAGAUGCAAAAACGCAAAAAAAAAAAAAAAGGAAAAGAAAAGCAGUGUUUUGUACAAAUCUACCUAAAGCUCAAGGCUCUUGCUGCCUAAAGAGGGUUGAACCUAAUUUUUAGUAAUGGGUUUCUUAUGGCUUCUUUCAUACAUCUAUGUCCUUGAACUUUGUCCUUGUUUAAUGUUGUGUUUUUUUUUUUAAGCAGAUGCUUAAGUGAAUUCUCACUGUGGCAUUUAGGAUCUAUCACCACAGUUAACUAGGUCCUAAAACAAUGUCUGCUUGGUCUUUUGAUGGUGGCUAAGUGGGACUUUUAACUUCCUGGGGUUAUCAGAGUUUUUCUAAAUAUUGUGGAGCAAUAUUUGUAGAGUGGU